UUGAAGGAAAUUCAGAGAUUAAUAGCUCCACCAAAGACACUAGGUUCAUCAAAACGAUGCAGAACAAGCAGGCCAAACAAGUUCUCAAAACCUGACAAGUUGCCUAACCACGACACCUGUGAUAGUUGUAAGGAGCCUGGUGAUUUGAUUUGCUGCGAUCGAUGCCCCUGUGCUUUCCACUUGAUUUGCUAUGACCCACCAUUAGAGGAAGAGGAUGCACCAAAUGGGGAAUGGAUUUGUAGAAAAUCAAUUGCAGCUAAAGGUUUGACUCCUAGACAAUUUCAACUGCCAAAAGAAUACUGCUGUCCUAUAAUUUUUCCUGGUUUGUCUACAUCGUCGUCGAUAGCGGCAAACAAUGCCAAUGCAUACACAAGAAAAAAUGUCAUUGAAAUGGAAAAACACAUGGUCCCGCUACCUGCCAAGCUGUGUCAUAUUUGUACAAGGUCCUGUCGAAUAGCUCCACUUUUGCAGUGUGAUUACUGCCCUCUGGUGUUCCACAUCGACUGUCUGGACCCCCCAUUAGCCAACAUUCCGUCAACCACUUGGAUGUGUCCUAAUCAUGUUGAGCAUGUCAUUGAUGAGGUUCUUCUUGAUUCUACACGACUAUCAAGGCGCAUAGAACUGUGGGAGAAGUAUACGGCUCCACUCGAUGUUGAUGCGGUCAAAAUAAAUUUCCUCAAAAGAAUUCACCAAGUCCAGACACCAUUUCGUGUCCAG